AAUGUUUGUUUGGUUAUUUGGUUUGAUCUAAUAAUCAGUGGUAAAAAACUGUUCUUGCAUCCAGAAACAGAGCACAGCCAGAGUCUCCUCUCCUGGAGAUAGAAGGAUCUAUGGGCUUCUGGGGCUUGUGCUUUCCUGUGUUUGUAGCUUUUUUUGUAAUCGCGAAGCACUUCCUUAAUAAAUUCCAGAACCUCCCACCAAGUCCUUAUCUUUGCCUUCCCAUCAUAGGCCAUUUCUACCUCUUGAAGAAACCUAUUCACCAAAAUCUAUACAGAAUCUCCAAACAGCACGGUCCUAUAGUCUUCCUCCAAUUCGGGUCUCGCAAAGUUAUCGUAGUCUCCUCAGCUUCAGCAGCAGAAGAAUGUUUGACCAAAAACGACAUCAUCUUUGCCAAUCGCCCUCGCAUGACCAUUGGAAGGAUUCUGGGCUAUAAUUACACCAUCCUAUCUUGGGCUCCUUACGGUGACCACUGGCGAAAUCUCAGAAAAAUCAUAGCCCUUGAAAUGCUAUCAACUUCUCGUAUGCAAAUGCUCUCUGGUAUACGAGUUGACGAGGUCAAGAAAUUGAUUCGAAAGCUAUUAGAUAAUGGAAACCAGUCUGUUGAACUGCGGACGAUGUUUUUUGAGUUAACACUAAACAUCAUGAUGAGAAUGAUUGCUGGAAAGCGAUAUUACGGUGACAACAUGGCAGAUCUUGAAGAGUCAAAGAGGUUUAAGGAGAUUCAUAGAGAGACAUUUAAGUUAGCUGGAACGCCAUGUAUAGGAGAUUAUUUACCGUGGUUUAAGUCCAAGAAGCUUGAGAACAUGAUGAUGGAGUGUCAAAGAAAGAGAGACGAGUUCAUGCAGGGUUUGAUAGAAGAGCAUAGAAGAAGAAUUGAAAGUGCCCUUGAUUCUGAGAGAAAGAAUACGUUGAUUGCUGUUUUGUUGGCGCUGCAAGAAUCAGAACCUGAAUACUGCAAAGACGAGAUCAUCAAAGGGCUAAUGCUUUUGAUGUUAUUUGCCGGAACAGACACCACAGUGAACGCCAUAGAGUGGGCUCUUUCACUUCUGCUAAACCAUCAACAAGUUCUCGAAAAAGUCCGAACAGAAAUUGACCUGCACGUAGGCCAUGAACGUCUGAUUGAGGAAUCAGAUCUGCCUCAUCUUCCUUUCCUCUGUAACAUCAUCAACGAGACGAUGCGAAUGUACCCGCCAGCCCCACUUUUAUCUCCUCAUGAAUCGUCGGAGAAUUGCGUAGUUGGAGGCUUUCAUAUUCCACAAGGGACGACGCUGUUUGUCAAUGUGUGGGCAAUACAAAAUGAUCCAAAGAUUUGGGCAGAUCCAACUAUGUUUAAGCCAGAGAGGUUUGAAGGAGUUGAGGGAGGUAGAGAUGGGUUCAGACUGAUGCCAUUUGGGUCAGGGAGAAGAGGAUGUCCAGGAGAAGGUUUAGGGCUGAGAAUGGUUGGGUUGGUUUUGGGAUCAAUGAUUCAAUGCUUUCAGUGGAUGAGAAUUGGGGAGGGGACGGUGGACAUGACGGAAGGGGCUGGACUAACAUUGUCUAAGGCUCAACCCUUGCUUGCUAAGUGCCGCCCACGUCCGAUCAUGUCCAACUUGCUAUCUCAAAUUUGAGAGGUAUCACAUUUGGGUUAUUUAACUUUAUGUAUAUUCAGUCUUCUACAAUGUUAAACAUUCUCAAUUGCAUUAGAACGUCCAUUCGAAGCUUUUGGACUGAGUGUUCCAUUAUGUCAAGAUUAUAAAAUGAUCAUUGUUGUCUUUGGACUGGAUU